CCGCCGCUAGUGCUCAUCCCUUUGCCCAGUUCCCUCCCGCCGCCCAAAUCUCAGAUGAGAUCGAUGUGCUCCUACGGAAGGGCCGGCCCACGGCCACGGGGGCACGGUUCUCGGCGAACGGAGCCGGUGGGCUGGCGCGGCGGCAGUGCUGAUCCAGCGGCGCCGCGCGGAGGCCGCGGCGGCGGCGGAGAGCACGCCCGCCAACCCCCUUCGCCUGGACGAGCGCUGCCGCUGGAGCAGCGCGAGGCUUCAUCUCGGCCGUUCGAGCACAACGGCAGGCGACGAGCUCGUCCGUCCGAUCACCGCUCGCGUACUCGUCGGCCGUCUAUAUAAGCCGCCAACUUCCAACAGCAGGAGCAGGCAGCUCUCCUCUGCCGGUUCGUUUAAAAAAAAACCCGGCGUGCUCCUCGUCGUCGUCCUCUUCCUCCCCUGCUCUCUUCGCCGCCGCCUGGUUCCCGUCCAGCCUGAAGGAAGAGGCCAUCAGCCUCUCCGUUCGCGGCCUCACUUACCCUGGGCACGUGAUCCUUGUGGAGCCUGGAAAACCGCUCUGGAGCAUGGUCCACUUCAAGACAGCCAAGACGUCCCGGGCUCGCUUCUCCGUCGGCGACCAGGCGAAGCUCGAGAGCAAGAACCGCCGCUCAUGGUCUGGCGACGUCACCGUCGUCGAGGAUGACGUAAUUCAACUCUGGACAAUCCUGCAGAUUCGCGUGCCAUCUGCAAGAGAAAGAAAGAUCGUGCUGAAACCAUCCAACAAUGUUCCUGUCAUGGUUAAUCCUGCUGGUAGUCUGCAUGGAUUUUCUAGCCAAGCAGAGAUGAGAGAUUCUACCAAAGAUUCUGGUAGUAAAGAAACAAGUAUCAGAGUUGGAUUUUCCCAAGUUGGUCGGAUUCUUGUCGAAAUGGGACUGCGGAGCAUUGAUGUACAAGUUGUUGCUAUCAAUGACCCUUCAAUGACUCUUGAUCGUAUGGUCGAAAUUUGGAAAAGUACAAACAUACGUAUUGCAAAGAAAGAUCAUCAGACAUCGGUCUUUGAGAAAAGGUAUUAUGCAAAAGACACCAGUGUGAAGGGGGAUAAGAAAAUUAAGAUCAAUGCUCUGUUAGAACAGAUGGAAGUCACUGUUUUCGAUAGAUAUGUUGAUGUUGAUGAUUCAAGUGUAGAUCUCAAAGUCACGUUAGAGAAGGCUGGAUGCUACAGUAGCACUAACCGUAUUGCUACCAGGAGAUUGCGCAUCGACUCAGAGGAAUCUUUGGCUGGUGUGUGGAUAUUGCCCACUGCGUGCCGAUGGGAGGCUGUCGACUGGAGUUAGUCUGAGAACUUUGCAACUUGAAGCUGUGUCUGCAUCUUGGACUUGUUUGCUCCACUGACAGUCAGUCUGUCAAGAAACAGUUGCUGUUGGUGCAGUGUAGAGAUUAGUGGAUUGACUGGAAUAUCUUUGUUGUUCUGUCCCGGUAAUAACCCUUGUAGUGUUUCUGAUACUAUAUUGGUGCUGAUUCAGUAUAGGGAUCGGCACGUUCUGUCCCUGCUUGGGAUCCCUUCUGUAACUGUAAAUGUCAAAUUUGCUCUUUGCCCUGCAAUGCCAGGAGCAAAGAAUAUGAUAAAGCAUAGACCAACGCCUUGCACUGAUUUCAGCCGACUAUUUGUAGUUGCAUUAUGGCAUUGCACAUUGUUUGUAUUGUUUGCUGGACUCAUUUGUGUGUGCCCAUGGGAGACUAUCCUGCAAAGGAUCAACUCCUCCUAUAUAACAGUUGCCAAAGGUCGUCAAAGCGUGUAGAAUUAGACAUGAAACGAGCAGAUUCUUCAAUUUACUAACAAGAAGAUGUUACCGGCUGCUUGUAGUCAAGGCAUUCGUUUCCACCACUGUACUGCCCAUUCCGAGAUCGUUUUCUGCCCUGAAUACCGUUAAUAAAGGCUCUGUUUGCAGAGGGUCAAUUAGAUGAUCCAAUCUUCCCCUGCCUUCACAAAUCAUAAAUGACAGAUCACACUACGAACUUGUACCAAAUAACAAAGCCCCAUCCCUUCAGGAAUUUUGCCAGUGCACUUGGGAGUAUGUAUACAUAGAACUGCAGCCUUACUUCCUUGAUCCUCUGCUCUUACUGUAUUUUAUUUAUCCCAUUCCAGCAGAGCCAAAACAAAGCGGCUGCUUCGGGCUGCCAGCUUCCGAACAAAUUGCAUCCCUCUCGGAGACCGAAGAUUACUUGGCAAUUGCCCUGCACGAUGUAGUUUGGUGUACAAUUCUCUCUCUUUUCUUACGGGCAAGCUCCGUCGAAGGAGGCCGUAUGUUUGUAUUGCUUUGCUCAGCACUAAUCGCUCCUUUGAAUCAAAGAUGAUUUUCAUUAGUUUGCAAUUCCAUGUGUGCGGUCAAGCAGCGAACACACAAUAUACAAGCAGAGACGAGAAAACUGAGACAGAGAGACGGAGUAAAAGACCCAAAGGCCCAAACCAUACGACCAUUGAGACGCAAACUCCGGCAGGACUACUACGGAAGCAUGGAGUGCCGGACAUAUAGACAACGUGUUAUAUGGCCAACUGGACACGUUUUAGGGCCAAACUCUAUUUUAACAUCUCCGGAGACUGUCAUACAUGCUGGCAAGGAGAGCUUUUCCCAGAAGUCCUGCAAACGAUCACAGCGAAACACAAUACAACACAAAUGAGAACAAAUGAGAAUAAUAGGCAGCACGAAAACAGUGAUUGCAUUUAGCAAAAGGCGGGGUGCGCACCAACAGAAACAUACGGUUCGAGUAUUACUAACAAAUAACGACAGAAUGUGCAUGGAGUGCUGCAACUUGGAA